GCGGCGCUGGUGGAGGUGCUAGGCUGCAUCCUGCGCGGCGAGGCGCCCGCGGCGACAGCGCGAGCGCUGCUGGGCGGACGUCUGAUCCCGCUCCAGAAGCCACAGGGCGGGGUGCGGCCCCUCGCCUGUGGGGAACCCCCGCCCCGCAUGGCGGCGAAGGCGGCGACCACGCAGCACAGGGAGCUCAUCGCCCAAGCGGCGGGGCCAUGCCAGUACGGCGUGGGGGCAGUGCUGUCUCUUGACGUGGCGAACGCCUUCAACGAGGUCGACCGGGACGUCGUCGUCCGCGAGGUCUCGCGCAGGCUCCCGCCCCUCGCGCGCCUCGCGGCUGCGUGGUACGGCGAGGCGACCACGCACGGCGCGCACCUCUCAGGCGCCGUCACCGCG